CCCCACUAUCUCAAUCCCUCAAAACUUUCUCUCAUUUUCAAAAAACAAAACCAAAACCCACAAAACCAAAUAGUCUCUUCAGUCACUUUUUCCGUCACUUUCCAGGGAAAAAAAAAAAAAAAAAAAUGUCAGCCGGACUGGGAAAAUGCAGCAAAAUCCGCCACAUUGUGAGGCUCCGCCAAAUGCUGAGACGGUGGCGCAACAAGGCACGGCUUUCAGCCAAUCGCAUACCGUCCGAUGUGCCGGCGGGACACGUGGCGGUCUGCGUGGGCAGCAGUUGCAGGAGAUUCGUGGUGCGCGCGACGCACCUGAACCACCCCAUCUUCAAAAAGCUCCUGGUCCAAGCCGAAGAGGAGUACGGGUUCAACAACCAAGGCCCGCUGGCGAUUCCGUGCGACGAGUCGCUAUUCGAGGAAGUGCUCCGAUUCAUUUCGCGAUCCGAGUCGGGUAAGAACGGCAACAACCCGACCCGCUUCGUGAAUCUCGAGGAUUUUCAGAGGUACUGCCACGUGGGCAUCCGAAACAACCUUGACUUCUGGCCUGAAUCUCGACCGUUGCUUCAUGGGAUCGCCGACAAAACUAUCUGGUAACGCUUUUCGGAGAAAUUUAUAUUUGAAAAAAAAUAAUAAUAAUAAGGAAAACGCUUUGUUUCUGACCCGGGUGUGACUCAGUCCGAGUUAGCUCGCCUCCACGGAAGAAAAAAAAAAAAAAAGUAGUAGCCAGCUGAGCAUAAUACUUGCAAAAAGAAUUGCAACUGACUCGGCCGAGUUAACUAACCCAGUUGGGGAUUUUUACUCUUUACUUUUUAUUGAAUUUUUACUUUUUUACUAUUGGGCUGUGAGAGCAAGGGUAAAAAAGUUAAUGAUACUGUAAUUGGCUCCGGAGAAAGCUACGGAGAUGGCAAAAUGGGUGGGCGAGUUAUCCACCGAGUCGUCCCGGGUUCGGAUCGGAGUGGAGGCCAGAAGAUUUAUUGAUUACUCGAUCAACAAUGUGAGAGAGAAAGAGGAGGCACUUGAAAUUUCAAGCAAAGAGAGAAAAAGAAAAAAGAAAAAAAAAAAAAAGUGAUUAGUUGAUUGGUGGGGAGGGGGAGGUCACUUUUGUAAAUUCAUGUUAUUUAUUGAUUGAUUAAUGGGAAAAUUGUAGAGAAAAUAUUCUGCCA